GUUACGGUAAGAACUGUGUAGUGGCGGUUGUUACACGUUUUCGUAUUCUCACCUUAAAUACUUUUUCUACAAAAUUUCCCAAUUUUCUGUUAAAGAAAAACUUCAAUUUGCAAAUUUCGCUAUCUCCCUGUCUUUGUUAAUCCAGUUGCGAAUCAGACACAUUACCAUCCUUCCAAUUUUAAGCUAUACCUCGUUUGGAUGAUGAGAAAAUUCUCAAAAAAUCACUUUUUUUCUAUCUUUUCAUGUUCCUGUAGUUUCUAGUGUUUAGUUCACUGUACCCAGAUAAAAGCUUCAAUCUUUCUCCUCUUUCUUGAAACUAGAUGAUGGAAUUCAACUGAAAAGAGAAACUGUGUUCAAGAAUAUGGCUUAUGCACAAGGGUUUACUCCAACCUUGAAAUUGGGUUUUGUGUUUUCUUCAGUUACUUCGCCUAAACAGAGACACCCUUUGGUUUUCCCUUCAUCAAAGUGUAGAUUUUCCCUCAAAUUCAAUGAUGGGUCAUUCAAAUUUCAGAAUCCUUUGUUUGUGUCUGCAAAACCCAUUAAGGGAACAAAAUCGGUGGAGCUUGACCGGUUUGUGACGAGCGAUGAUGAAGAGGAAGAAGAAAUGGGAGAUGGGUUCUUGGAAGCAAUAGAGGAGCUUGAGAGGAUGACCAGAGAGCCUUCUGAUGUUCUGGAGGAGAUGAACGAUCGUCUCUCGGCUAGAGAGCUUCAGCUUGUGUUGGUUUAUUUCUCUCAAGAUGGGAGAGAUUCUUGGUGUGCUUUGGAGGUUUUUGAUUGGUUGAGGAAAGAGAAUAGGGUGGAUAAAGAGACUAUGGAGUUGAUGGUUGCUAUUAUGUGUGGUUGGGUGAGGAAGUUGAUUGAGGAAAAGAGUGGUGUUGGUGAUGUGGUUGACCUUCUUGUUGAUAUGGAUUGUGUUGGGUUGAGGCCUGGGUUUAGUAUGAUUGAGAAGGUUGUUUCUUUGUAUUGGGAUAUGGGGGAGAAAGAAGGGGCGGCUUUGUUUGUGGAAGAGGUUUUGAGGCGGGGAGUUUCUUGGAAUGAGGAGGAUCCUCAAGGGCAUAAAGGAGGGCCAACUGGGUAUCUUGCUUGGAAGAUGAUGGCUGAGGGUGACUAUCGUGGCGCUAUUAGAUUGGUAAUCCGUUUUAGAGAAGCCGGCUUGAAGCCUGAGAUCUACAGUUACCUUGUUGCAAUGUCUGCCGUAGUUAAGGAGCUCAACGAGUUUGCCAAAGCUCUACGAAAGUUGAAAAGUUUCUCUAGGGCCGGGCUGCUUACCGAAUUCGACCGAGAAGAUGUUGAGCUAGCAGAGAACUACCAAUCAGAACUUCUAGCCGACGGAGCUCGCUUAUCCAAAUGGGUGAUUCACGAAGGCAGUCCAUCACUUCAUGGAGUUAUUCACGAGAGGCUCCUCGCAAUGUACAUUUGCGCCGGCCGUGGAAUCGAAGCCGAGCAACAAUUAUGGAAAAUGAAGCUCGUUGGCAAAGAAGUCGACGGAGGUCUCUACGACAUCGUUCUAGCCAUAUGCGCUUCUCAGAAAGAGGACACAGCCACGGCAAGGCUAAUGACGCGGUUGGAAGUAGCGAGCCCGCCGCAGAAGAAGAAAAGUAUGUCAUGGCUAUUAAGAGGCUAUAUUAAAGGUGGCCAUUUCAAUGAAGCAGCAGAAACUCUGAUGAAAAUGCUUGAGUUGGGAUUUUAUCCUGAAUAUCUGGAUAGAGUUGCUGUUGUUCAAGGUUUAAGGAAAAGGAUUCAUCAAUAUGGAAAUUUAGAUGCUUAUAUUAAGCUUUGUAAGUCACUUUCUGAAGCAAAUCUUAUAGGACCUUGUGUUGUGUAUUUGUAUACAAGGAAAUAUAAGCUUUGGGUUGUGAAAAUGGUGUAAGAAAUGUAGUAGAGUACUCACUGGUGGUUAUUACUUGUAUAAAUUUGUAUAGUUUUAAUGUGAAACGAAGAAAUUGUAAUGGUAGAGGAUGUAUGAUAAAUAUAAUAGUUUUGAUCUUUUCUGAGUCA